UUCAGGCUCUAAAAUUCGACAACACUACUGUUGAGUGAGACGAUAAGUUUUCAACUUUCCAGACGUGUUCACCAGCUAAUCACUACCAGGCAACCAGUGGUUAAUCAGUCAACCAGUGAAGAUGCAGUUCCAGUCUAGCAAUUGUGCCGAAAUGCCGGCUAAAGUAGAUGGGUCUGGUGCAAAAGAUUUGCCAGUUGACCCAAGUGCAUUUGGUUUUCCACAAAAUGCAAAUCAGGAAUAUUAUAACCGGGCUUUACAGUAUGGUUAUUCAGCUUCAAGGCAGGGUUUUGAAGAUAAAGGUUUUUUACCAACUGGUCCAAAUUUUGUUCUGAAUAAUGCUUCUGCUCCACCGGGAGAAUAUCAACAGUUUGACCACUUUUUUAGACCUCUUCAGCCUGCAGGAUCUGAUGGAAUGCAGGUGCAAAAUAAUCGCACCAGUAUCACACAUCGCAGUAGACCUUCUGAUGUAUCCUGCCUUGAUCAUCUUGAAGAAACAACUUCUCACGAUACUGAUGGUUAUGAUGAUAGAGCUAUCUCAUUCGGAAGUAGUUGUAGCACAGGGAUUUUGUGUUAUCCAUAUAGCAGCCCUUUGCAAAGUGAUAACUGCAUUGCUGACAAGCAGGAUGGGACUUGGGCUGCGCUUAUGCAAAUGCAAGAGGCUUUGGAAGCACCUAAUGAAGAGUGCAGUGACUUGACUUUCAACAAUACAGAACUUUCAGGUGGGAACACCAUGCAGCACCAAGUUGUUUGGGACAAUGGCUGUUUAGCAAGUCCAUCUUUCACCUCAAACUUUUUACCCUUCCCUGGAGAGGCUGAAGCCACUGUCACAAAUACCAGCAGAAUUUGUAACUUACAAAACUCUGUUGAUCUCCCGUAUGAUAAUGAUGAAGGCAUAUCCUCUUUUGAGCUUAAUGUGCCUGAAUAUAACAGGGCAACUACAAGCCAUGUCUGUGAACGUCGAGAUGAAAUGCAUUCUGCUGACUUGAGGACAUAUCCUGUCCAUGGUGAAUCUUUUGAUUUGAUGCCAGUAACCCAGGGCAGACAGAAUGAUAAAUCACAUGAACAGUUCAGUUCAUUUGCAAACAGUGUAGAUGGAUAUGUAGAUAGUGGAAUGAAAAAGUUGCAUGGCUUUUAUGACUGUGAAGAGCAAAUGGAAAUUGAUUCACUACUUAAUUCAUUUGGGGCAUCAAGUGAUACAUUUCCACAGACAUAUGAAAUAUUUCAGAAAGGUGAAAAAAUUGUUGACCUUGAUAAAAAGGUUAUAUUAGAGGAAAGCAUUUCUGCUACAUUCGCCAGCAGUAUGGCCUCAUAUACUGCACAAGCUGGGGCCACUGAGUCAGCUGUAUAUGAUGGAUCAUCUUGUCAACAGUAUCAGUCUACUUCCCAGUCAUGUGGUUUGUUAUAUUCCCCAGCCUGUCAAUGGAAACGCAUGCCAAGUUCUGUUUUCCCUUUAGGAGGGUGUCAAAAUGGUGUUAGUGUGUCCAAUCCAAUGACUGCCUUGGGGACUAAUGGAAAAGAACUCGGGUUGUACUCUGGCUAUUUUUCAGUUCAGCAGCAACAAAAUGUAUCUAGUGAUGCUAAAUUGGAAUUGGUUGACAAUGUUGCUAACCCUUAUCAAGAGUUUGCGAUGGGUAUGGAUGGUCAAUUUUGUUCGAAAAGGACCAAUCCAUAUCAAAAUGAAGUACUGGCAACCCAAGGUAUAUGGGGGCCUCAACGUGAUAUGAUGAUAAAAUUUUCAAAUCCUACUGGACAAUCGGAUAUGCAGCUGCUCAUGACACAGACUCCUCCUGGCCAUCUGCCUGCUCCAAGCUUUUUCAAGUACCCCAACUCAUCAUUUAUUGAAGCAGAGCUUAGUAAGGUUGACCAACAUCAUUCAGAUAUGCAGCUUCCCAUGACAGAGACUUGUCAGGUUCAGCUGUCUGCUACGAGCUUGUCCAAGGACCCUGACACGUCAUUAAUUGAAGGAACAGAGCUUAAGAAAGUUGAAAAACAUGAUUCAGAUAUACAGCUUCCCAUGACACAGACUAGUCAUGUUCAGCUACCUGCUCCGAGCUUGUCCAAGGACCCCAACUCAUCUUUACUUGGACGAACAAAGCUUACAAAAGUUGAACAACAUGAUUCAGAUAUGCAGCUUCCCAUGACACAGACUAGUCAUGCUCAUCUGCCUGCUCCGAGCUUGUCCAAGGACCCUGACUCAGCAUCUCUUGGAGGAACAGGGCUUAAGAAAGUUGACCAACAUGAUUCAGAUAUGCAGCUUCCCAUGACAUGGACUAGCCAUGCUCAGCUGCCUGCUAUGAGCUUGUCCAAGGACCCCAACUCACCAUUAAUUGGACAAACAGAGCUUAAGAAAGUUGAGCAGCAUGAUUCAGAUAUGCAGCUUCCCAUGACACAAGCAAGUCAUGCUCAGCUGCCUGCUCCAAGCUUGUCCAAGGACCCGGACUCAGCAUCUCUUGGAGGAAUAGAGCUUAAGAAAGUUGACAAGCAUGAUUCAGAUAUGCAGCUUCCCCUGGCACAUACCAGCCACGUUCAGCUGCCUGCUAUGAGCUUGUCCAAGGGCCCCAACUCAUCAUUAAUUGGACGAACAGAGCUUAAGAAAGUUGGGCAACAUGAUUUAGAUAUGCAGGUGCCCAUGACACAGACUAGUCGUGCUCAGCUGCCUGCUCCAAGCUUGUCCAAGGACCCCGACUCAGCAUCUGUUGGAGGAACAGAGCUUAAGAAGAUUGACCAACUUGAUGAUUAUAGCCAGCAAAGUAUCCUACUCUCAGCAACCAAACCUUCAAAUUCAAGCGGUUCACCAAUUAACAAGUUUGAUGGCGAGGUGGUUUCGCGACCAAUAAAACGGAAAAGAUCAACAGCGUAUGUUUUAACAUCGCAUGAACAAGUCAUGUCUGGGGGUGGGAAAAUGCAAUGUCUAAGCGCCCCUGAGUUGGAUUGUGCUCACGCCACUGAAAGAUUGCCUGAGAAGGUAGAUGGUGAAAAUGCAACUUUUGCGGAGAAUAGUACCGUCGUUUCUCGAGCUCACAGAAGACUUGAUUUAACGACUAGCUUGAUUCAGUAUGUCCUUCCUGUUCCGCCAGCGAGACUUCUUGCAGCAAAUGUCACGAAUUCCAGUGAAACCGUUGUGUACCACAUUUCUAAAUUGGUGGUUAGUGAUAUGUAUCGCACGGAUAAUGCCAUGCAAAGUGAAUACAUGCCACCGAACGAGACCAGCACCUCUGGAAAGGAAGACAAUAAUAUUGUAUCUGAAGUUCUGGAAACCUUUAAUACGAGGUUUGACGAUCUGGAACGCUCCGUGUCAAGAGCUGAAAAGGCACUCACUUUCCAAGAUUUCGCAUCUGAGGUCCGGGACAUCGAGCGGUGGUCCAUUCUCCAUCGUUUCGUGAAGCUGCGGAUGUUGCAGGAGUACAGGAGACUGCAUGCGGGUGGCAGCUUGGAUUCUACGCCGCACCCCUUCAGCACAAGCAUCUUGAAGCAUCAUGAAGAUCCAUCCAUGCCGCUAGACUCGCUGAACAGGGUCCGGUGUCGCCUGCUGAAGUAG